UAUUCAAAUGAUAAUCACCGAGAGACGGUUCUUGUUCCGGGUCGUGCUGUUUUGUUAUGCUAAGUGAAAAACGGGUUUAAGAGCGUCACGUUAUAAAUACAGUCGUAUUUUGAGGUUUGGGAAUCAUAUCUGGAAGCUAUGCAACGACCACAGUUUCGCCAUCCCCUCCAGGGCUCAGGUCCGCGGGCCGCAGGCUUCCGCAGCCCGCCUCCAGCCUUCGACAGGACAGGGGGUAUGUUUCCAUCGCCUCCGUGGGCAUUUUCAAACCCACCGCCGCCGUUUGGACCUAGAUUUGGACAGCGUUCUCCCAAUACCCCACCGAGAGAGUUUGGUGGUAACAGAGGCGGCGGCGGCGGUGGUGGUGGGAAGUAUUUUAACGGUCGGUCUCCGGCUCACACCCCGCGCAGAUCGAGCCCCAGUCCCCGCGGCGCACCGUUCGGACGCUCGCCGUAUGAGAGUCCCAGACGACACUCUGGAUAUCAGGGUUCACCACGGACAUCUACACCGUUUGGGUCAGCGCAUGGCAGGGAGAGAGGGACAAAUGAUAUGGAAAAAUAUUACAAACCAUCAAUGCUCCAAGAUCCCUGGGCUGACCUACAGCCCAUCUCAGUUACACAAACUCAGUCUAAAUGCAACCCCAAACUAACCAAUACAAGCAGACAAGGGAGGUACUACAAUUAAAACUUUAUCAAACUUCAGUGAAAGAGGAAAGUCACUGAACAGUCCUUUUUUAUUUAGUGCACUAGUAGUGCACUAAAU